AUGGAGUCGAAUCUAUUAGACAGUCUUCUUGAUCUGGAGGAGCAAUUCUACAACGAAGGCUACGAGUUGGGUGUCGCCGACGGCGCCGAAGCCGGCUACACGGAAGGUAGCGUUUUCGCCGUCGAGAAGGGCUUUGAGAAAUUUGUGGAAAUGGGGCGAUUGUAUGGAAAGGCUCUCGUCUGGGCCCAGCGAUUGGCUGAUGCCAAACCGAACGAGCUAUGCGAGCAGUCGACGCCACAAGUCGACCAGUCAGACGUCUUAUCUCUCGAUCCUUCAUCCAUUUGCAAAGAAAUGCCAAAGAUACCAGCGCACAGUGCCCGCCUGGCAAGGAACCUAGCCACUUUGCUGGAGCUAGUGGAUCCAGCUUCCCUGGAUAUGAGCAAUACGGAAGAAGCUGUGAACGACGUUGACGAGCGCUUGAAAGGUGCCGCGGUCAAAGCCAAGCUCAUCCAACGAGCCAUGGGCGAAGGUGAAGAUUCGCUUGGCGCUCAAUCUUACGCCAAGGACGUUACAAAGCCUGGAGAUGGUACUGGCAGCAUCGAAGAUAUCAGCUCGUUGAAUGUCCGCCAUUGA